AUGCUGGCGCGAACAAGGCUUGAGAACGCAGCGUAUCGCAAGCAGACGGCGAACUUCAACGACGAGGUGUCACUGGGCGUCGUGAGAGCAUGCAUCCGAGCAGGCGUGCCGCAGAAAGCUUUGGUUGCCAUUUCCCCAACCAAUCCGUUUGGCUUGACGCCAUUGCUGGGAGCUGCACAUCUGAUUAUGAAACAUGCUGCGUCAGCCAAGGAUAACUCUCUCCUGCUGUCGGCUUAUAGUCAAAUGAGGAAGGCGAAAAUUCAUCCAUCACCCACCACUGCAGAUAUUGUCAUCAGGGUGGGGGAAGGAGGGCGCGAUAGUAUGAGCAGCAGCGGCGGCAGCGGGAUGUUGGACGCGCGAGUCAACGCCGUCCCUUCCCCGCCGCACUUCGCCUCCGCUCCUUCUUCCCUUUUUGACCGCAAUCGCGCGAUGAUGACGUCAGACGCCAUGACGUCACACCGCAACUCGAUGACGUCAGGCCGCAAAGCUGUAUCGCCAGGGCAUAAACGAGUCUUAGCAGGGCGCGGGGAAGCGGAGCCGACAGGGGCGCGCGGCAACGAUAGCGCGAUGGCGAUGGAAGAUGAUUGCUUCUUAAAGCCGUAUUACCCUCCUCCCGGCACUCGCCCCUCUCGCAUCCCCAAUGGCGACUCUCGUAUCGGCCAUAGCGAUAGCGCCGCCUUCUCUCGCAGUCGCUCCAGCUCUCCCUCCCCCGCUCACUCCGAACCCUCUUCCGCCCAUGCCUCGCCCGCCCCCGCGCGCCCGCCGUCCGCCCACAGGAGCGCGACAACUGCCCCUCCGCGGCCCAUCUCGCCUCUGCCCCCGUAUGCUGUGCGGCGCAGACCGGGCGCGGAGGGGCGCGCGGAUGGGCGCGCGGGGGUAGGGGCGGAGCUGCGGGAGGACAGUCCGGGGCGCGAUGGCGCGCUGAUGGGCGCCCGCGCGCCUGUCGUGCGCGAUGGAGCCGGCGGAGGCGGGGAAAAAGGGGGAGCGGAGAGGGUGAGGGCAGGGGGAGAGGGCGCGAGGGGAGGCGGAGAGGAGGCGAGGGAAGGGGGCGUGACGCGCGGCAGCAGCAGGCCCCGGCGCGCGAGAGUGACCAGCAGUGGCGACGCCGUCAACGCGGGCGCCGCCAGUGCGGGCGCGGUUCCAGGACCAGGCACAGCAGCAGCGGACGCCGCAUACACAGCAGAUGCGCAAGCAGCAGCAGCGGCGCCGCUGACGCGCAGAUUUCCCACGGACCCGCCCACACUCCAUUCCGCCAAGCCUGCUGCGCCACUCAGCAACAGCGGCGAGGGGGGGGCGGGUGCGCCCGAGGGGACGUGGCCGGGCGAAAUGGUGGGGGAGGGGGGAAGACGGGGGGAAGCGGGGGAGCAGACGCGGGUUGGGGCGAGGCCGGGCAGUGGUAGAGCGGGGAUGAGACGAGGGCCCGGGUUGGGGCAGGCGGGCGCGCGCAUGGGCGCGGGGAUGGGAGGGGGAGGCGGGGCGCAGAGGCCUGUGACUGCUGGCGGCAGGCUGGCAGUGGCAGGGGCCGGCAACAGCCAAGGCGGUGAGGGCGGCGAAGCAGCAGGCAGCGAGGCGGGGGUGGGCGAUGGGGGGAGCUGGAAGGCCCGCCAGACACUCGCUCAGCAGGGGGCGGGGCAGCAGGGGCUGGGGAAGCAGGGGUUGUGGCAGCAGCAGGGCAGCGCAGGAGGGCAGAGUGUGGCGGGGCAGGAGCAGCAGAGGAGGGAGGGGCGGCAUGUGCGGCAGGCGAGUCUGCAAGUGGAGGCAGUGCAGCGCCUGCACGGCACCAAGGGCUCCGCCUCCCCUCCCCAUGCAGCAGCCAUGCCCCUGCCCCGCCGUCCCCACACCGCCCUCGCCCGCUCCCCCUCGCCCUCCCCCUUUCCUCCGCCCUCCACAGCUGCGCCGCCUGACGCGCGUUCCUCCUCGUCCCGCUCCGCCACCUCCUCCCCCUCCCCCCCUAUCCGCCCCCAGCCCCCCUCGCCCCAAGAGGUCCGCCCUCCCCGCGGCCUCUCGCAGUCCCCCCCGCGUGGGGGCCCCUCCGCGCCCCUGCACGCGGCAGCAUGCGCGGAAGCAGGGGGGGGCAGCGAGACCGAGACAGGGGGGUCCGCGAGGGCGGGCGAGAGGGGCGGAGGAGGGGGGCGGGGUGGCGUGCGGGCGAUGGGGCGGAGCAAGACGAGUGGCAUGGGGCGGCCGAAGAGUGUGAUGGGCGUGGAGCGAGCGCAAACGGGAAUGGAAAGAGGUGUGAUGCGCGCAGAGGCAGGGGGGGCGACGGAGGGAGCAGAUGGAGGGGCGGCCGGUCAACGAGGCAUGCCUGACGUGGCGCACAGUUCCCUGCGCCAGCAGCCGCUGCAUGGUCCAGUCAGCGCUGACGUGGCACCAGCAGGAGCAGCAGCUGCGAGCUCACCGUGGGAGUCAGAUAAUGGUGGUGAGAGUGAGAGAUUAGGUGCAGGGAAUGGAGAGGGAGGAGUUAUCGCGGAGGGCAGGAGAGUCCGUGCAGGCGGGCAGAGCAGCAAAGGCAGCAGCAGCAGCAGCAGCGAUCCCGUGCCACGAGCAGGCGGCAACGGACGGCUGCGAUCGAGUGUGAGCUUCGGGCAGGCCGGUGCGUGCGAUCUGCACUCCGCUGCUGCCGCCACCCUCCGUUCUGCCGCCGCUGCCAUCACCGCUGCCAGUGACACCGGCACUGGCACUAGCAACGGCAGCACGGAGGGCAGCAGCGGGCGAGGCGCGGAAGGGGAGGGGGCGGACGGUGCAGGGCGCAGGGCGGACAUGGGGGGGGGAAGCAGGGCGGGCGGGGCGGAGGGCCAUGCAAGGGGAGGGGCGGGGCGGCGGUUGACUCGCGCUCUGAGCGCCAUGGAGGGGCGCGGCGGGCAUGCGCCCUGGGGGCGGGGGGCAGGGGUGGGGGAGGGCGGUGGAGGGGGUGGUGGUGGAGCGGAAGAGGGCGCCAAGGGACUGAGUGAAGGGGAGAACGCAAGUGGUGGGCUGGGGAGCCGUGGGGGGGAGAGAGAGCGUGCACAGAAGGUCGCGGGUAAGGAAGGCACGGAGGUGGAGGGGAAGGGAGGGGUGGGUGCAGGCGACAUGAGCAGGGUUGAUGGCAGGGGAAGGCAGGGGCGAGAAGGAGCAGUGGUGGCCCCACAAGCAGCAGGUGGGGAAGGGGGAGCAGCAGCAGGGGUGGUGAGAGGCGACACACAAGCAGGUGCCUCUGUGGCUGUUGCCUCCGCCCCUUCCCCCGGUAGUGAGUCGGGGAGGGGCAGGGGCGUGCAGAUGGGUGGGGAGAGGUGGACAGCGGCACAGAGGGCCGCAGCAAGGGACAUGCAGUGGGAGCGGGAGCGGGAUAGGGAGAGCGGCAGAGGUAGAGCGGCGCGCGGGAGAGAGAGGAACCGGUCGAACCCUGCCACUCCCACAGGUGCCUCCCGCACACCACGAGGGGCCGUGGAGGGUGGGGGGACGCCGAGGGGUGUGGCGGAGGGAGGAGGGGGUGCUGCGGGUGAAGGGGCGGAGGGAGGAGGCGGGUCAGGGGAAGAGAAAGCGGGGCGUGCACGUGCAAGGCGGGGUAAGAAGGGUGUGGGCGAGGGGGGGGUGAGGCGAGGGGAAGCAGGUGAUGAGGGCGAGAGGAGUGGCGGGGCGAGUGAUGGGAUGGUGGAUGGAGGGAGUGUGAGGCAGCAGAGAGGCUUAGAGGAUGGGCGGAAAGGGCGAGACGGAGAUAGAAGGGGUGGGGAGAGCAGUGAAAGUGGUGUGGUUGGAAGGGAGAGGGAGGGGAGAGAAGUGGCAGAAGUGGAGGGUCUAGGAGGGGAAGGGCCUGUGGGCAUGGCGGGAUUGGGUUCAUCUGGCUUCAAGGGGUUGGCAGUGGCACAACGACGGAUGCAGCAGCAGCAGACAGAGCAACUGCAACAGCAGCCUCAGCAGCCGCAACAGCAGCCGCAGAGGGAGAGGGAGGGGCAGGGGUGGCAGCAUGGGCAGGCAGUGCAGGGGGAGGCAGAGAAUGGGAGUGGCAGCAGAGGGGGCAGCGCACAGGUGGGCGAGGCGGAGGCGGGUGCAGUGGGUGGUGGGGGCGGGGUGGGUGGGGUGGGCGGGGUGAGGGGGCGGCGAGGAGAGGUGGUGACAAGCCGGCCGUGGCACGCGCGUGUGGGGGAGGGGAGGGGUGGGCGCGCGUGGGACGAGUCAGCAGCCAUCGGGGCGCCGGUCACGCUGCUUGCUGCCGUGGGCAGCGGCAGUGCGGCGGAACUGGCACUACGGCCCAUGCCAUUCACUGGGGUUGUUGCUGCUGCUUCCACGGUUGCUGGUGGCGGGGGUGCAUGUGAGCCCAUGCCGCUGACGCCGCCUGUGCUCUCCCUCACGGAGCAGCGCCUGCUGGCAGCCCGGCACGGCGCAGCAGGGAGUGCAGGGGGCGGAGCAGCAGGGAGUGCAGGGGGCGGAGCAGCAGGGGGAGCAGCAGUGGGGGGCGGCAGGAGGGGGGCGCGGGCGAUGGUGAAGAGCAUGUCCAUGUCCGCCGCUGAUCUGCACCUCGUGCCCUCGCCCCACGCCACUCCGCCCCCUGAUGCUUCUGCCGGGAGGGUUGCCAUGGGCACCGGUGUAAGCACCGGCACGGGCAUGGGCGUGGGGAUGGCAGCAGGUGCAGGCUCUCGCUCCAUGGGCAUCUCUCGCACAUCCUCCUCCUCCGCCCGCCCCGCCUUCACACUCGCUGCUUCUGCUUCUGCUGCUGCUGCUGCUGCUGCUGCCGCAGCUGGUGUCCCAGCAGAGAGUGCGGGAGCCCACCCACCAUCCAUGCACCCCACGCACCCAGGCCAUCCUGGGUCAGCCAGUGACCCCUCCUCAGCCGCCAUGUUCCUGGGCAUGGGCCUCCCUGCUGCCCGCGCCUCUGAUACCUCCGAGCGCCUGCUGCGCCUCACAGCGCGGUGGAGCGAGGUGCAAAGCGGUGGCGGCGGGCGGACGGGGGCAGGAGUGCACACGGAUACUCCGAGGCUGGGCAGCGGCGUGGGGGGCUCCAUGGACCUGCGGCGAGCAGCCUUCCAUGCCAGCAUGGGCUCCGGCACGGGCAUGGGCGCAGGCAUGGGCAUGGGCAUGGGCGGAAGCAUGGGCGCGGGAGGAGGGAGGGUGGGGGGGGGCAUACCGGCGUGUUCGAGUGCGGAGGCGGAUGUGCCUGCAUGGGCGGCUCCCCAGGGGGACAGUGGGGGCGCAGAAGCAGGUGGGGGGAGCGCAGCAGUAGUUGCAGGUGCAAGAGGUGGUGGGGCGGGCAGGCGGGCAGGAGGAGGCGGUGUGAGCGGCCGGUCUGGGCUGGGAGGAGAGGGGGGCGUCACCCGCGGCGGGUCGGGUGUGAGUGGUGCGAUGAGAGCAGGUGCACCUGCAGCUGCUGCUCUGCGGCGCCAUGGCAGCAUGUCUCUGCACCAGCAGCUCGUGGCUCCUCCUGUGGGCACGUGGCAGGAGCAGGCCGUGCAAGGCAAGCAGCAGCUCAAGAUGAAAAGUGCCACAGCCGCUGCCACUGCCGCUGCCACUGCCGCCGCUGCUGCUGCUGAGCCAGUUGUUGCCACUGCUGCCAGCACUGGUAUUUCUGCGUCUGCAGUGGCAGCAGCGAGUGGGGGCGCGUUGCAGGAGAAGGCAGUGAGAGCGUAUCCAUUGGCGAGGGCGCACACGACAGCUGCUCGCAGCACACUGCGCACGCCUCCCUCUGCUGCUCUCUUUGACUCUCGCAGCUUCAGCAGCCGCGCCCCUCCCCCUUCCACCACCACAGGCGGUGCUACCACCACAAGCAUUGGCAGCAGCAGCACAGUGAGCAGCAGUGGCAUGGUGAGUGGCAGCACAGCGAGCAGCAGUGGCGGGGUGAGCAGCAGCAGAAGGCUGAGUGUGAGCAGCUCGUCCAGCGCCAUUAGCACUGGCCGCAGUGCCACUCUCACCGGCAGAAUGCUCGCCAGCAGCUCUUUCACCACCACCACCACGCUCACCACUAGCACCCUUUCCACCAGCAGCACCGCCGGUGGCAGUGCGAGCAGCAGCAGCAGCAGGGGCUUCCAUCGUGCUGCCACUCUGAACGCGCGCUCCUUCGGCGUCUCCCUCAACGCGCCUGCCCUCUCUGCCCUGCCUGCGCCUCACGUGCAUGGGACGCCCUCCUUCCCUGCCGCAGCUGGUGCUGUGCCCGGCACGGGCAGCACCCGGCAUGAGCUUGCCCGCAGCGCCAGCAGCAGCGCUGCCAGGCUUAGGGGCGCGGCGGUGGGGGCCGGGGUGAGAGGCGGUGGGGAAAAAGGGGCGUUGAGGAGUGAUGGUGGGCGGGAACAGAGCGGAGGAGGGAGAGAGGGGAGCGGAGGAGGGAGAGAGGGGAAUGGAGGUGCAAGAGAGGGGAGUGGAGGAGCAAGAGAGGUGAGUGGAGGAGCAAGAGAGGUGAGUGGAGGAGGGAGAGAUGGUAGCAGAGGAAGAAGAGGGGGUAGUGGAAAAGGGAGAGAGGGGAGUGGAGGAGGAAGAGAGGGAAGUGGAGGAGUAAGAGAGGGGAGUGGAGGAGUAAGAGAGGGGAGUGGAGGAGUAAGAGAGGGGAGUGGAGGGGACGGUGGGGUGGCAGGGAGGACACUGCGCAAGAUGGCGAGCGACAACUUCCGCUCCUCCGCCCGCCCCAUGGGCAAGGCCUUGGGCGGCCAUGGGGGCAUGGCGGGUGAAGGGGGUAUGGGCAUGGGCAUGGGCAUGGGCAUGGGCAUGGGCAUGGGCAUGGGCAUGGGCAUGGGCAUGGGCGUGGAUGGGGUGAGCGGGGGAGGCAACAGAGCAGUGAGGCUCUCCUCUACAGCCAGCUCGCUGGACCUCGCUGUGCCCUCUGCUGCUGCUCUUGCUGCCUCCGCCUCUGCUGCUCGCCCCGCUAGUACUGCUGGCAUGGGCACAGCGGGGUGGAGGGGAGAUGCACGGAGGAGAGGGGGCAAUGAGGGCGGUGGGGAGGAGCGGCGGGGGGAGGAGGAAGGGAAGGCGGGCAAGGAGGAGGCGGUGACGCCUUCCAAGGCGAGCCGGGAGGACAGUGUCACGCCCAGCCACCUCUCCCGCGCCCGCCGAGCUGUUCUGAGUGCCGCUGGUAAGGAGCGCCGGCGCGCUGCUGGGAAGGGUGGUGAGAGGGGUGAGGGGGAGGAGGAAGAGGAGGAAGAGGAGGAGGAAGACGAGGAGGAAGAAGAGGAUGGAGAGGAGGAGGAAGAGGAGGAGGAGGCUGAGGAGGUGGGAGGGGAGGAGGGAGUGACAGAUGCUGAGAGCGAGGAGGAUUCAAGCAUUCCCGUGGCCGCCCAGGCAGUCAGUGCGCAUCAUAGCAGCGGAGAGCAGAGUGGAGCAGCAGCAGGGGGCAAGGGGAAGGCGGGGCUGCUGAGCAAGGCGGCCAAGGGCAUGCGGGGUCUGGGCGACCGCAUCACUCGGGCGCGGCUGAGGCUGCUGCAGGGCGGGCAGGCGGACGUGCUGGGGAGGGGGUUCUCGGACGUGCGUGUGGAGUAUGACGUGGACGGGGGCGAGCAGGUGGGCAGCGGGCAGUUCGGUGUCAUCCGUGUGGUGACGCACCGGGCGAGUGGGGAGCGCCUGGCAUGCAAGUCCAUCAGCAAGACAUGCCUCAAGUCGAAGGCGGAUGCAGCGGACAUAAGGAGGGAGGUGGCCAUUCUGGAGCAGCUCAAGGACCACCCCAACGUUGCCCGCCUCACUGCUGCCUUUGAAGACCCCAAGGAGGUGCAUCUGGUGAUGGAGCUGUGUGAGGGCGGGGAGCUGUUCGACCGCCUCAAGGCGAAGCGAGUGUACGAGGAGGGCGAGGCAGCAGCGGUGCUGCGCACGCUGGUGGACGUGUUGAGGCACUGCCACGCCAUGGGGGUGGUGCACCGCGAUGUGAAGCCCGAGAACAUCCUGCUCGUGUCCCAGCACAGCGACACCGACGUUAAAGUCAUAGACUUUGGCAUCGCUGCCUUCUACAAGCCUUCGCGCCCACUGACGGAGUUUGUGGGGUCGCACUACUACAUGGCGCCGGAGGUCAUAGAGGGCAGCUACGGGCCACCGGCGGACGUGUGGAGUGCAGGAGUGGUGCUGUACGUGCUGCUGUCAGGGGUGCCGCCCUUCUGGGCGCGCUCGGAGGACGGCAUCAUGCACGCCAUCCUGGACUGCCGCCUGCGCUUCAAGCCCGAGGUGUGGGGCAAGCGCUCCCACCUCGUGCACGACCUCAUCCGCCGCAUGCUCGCCCGCGACCCCGCCCUCCGCAUCACCCCCGCUGGUGUUCUUG